AUGCCAACCAAGGCAUUUUGGAAGCUCCCCAUUUUCCUUAUUCUCUUUACAUUCUUCUCUUGCUCUUUCUCUUACACAUUCACCAUAACCAACAACUGCCCUCAAACUAUAUGGCCUGGUACACUCUCAGGUUCAGGGAGCCCUCCACUUUCAACAACCGGAUUUCGGUUGGACUCUGGCCAAAGUGUCAAACUUACGACUGUUCCGGGAUGGUCAGGACGGAUAUGGGCAAGGACUGGUUGCAAAUUUGAUGCAACAGGAGUUGGCAAGUGCCAAACAGGUGACUGUGGGGGAAGGCUGGAAUGUGAUGGAAGUGGUGCUGCUCCUCCCACCUCAUUGUUUGAGAUAACACUUGGUGCAGACAAUGGACUAGACUUCUACGAUGUAAGCAUGGUAGAUGGCUACAAUUUGCCAUUACUUGCACUACCACGAGAUGUAUAUGGUGGUGCAUGUAAUGCCACAGGUUGUAUGACUGAUAUCAACAGAGGUUGCCCUAAAGAACUUCAAGUAGUAGGAGGUGAUGGAUUCCAAGGCGUAAUCGGGUGUAGGAGUGCUUGCGAGGCAUUCAAGCUGGACAAGUACUGCUGCAGUGGAGAAUUUGCCAACCCAACGACAUGCCAACCUUCCUAUUAUUCGACCAUUUUCAAGAGGGCUUGUCCAAGAGCUUAUAGCUAUGCAUUUGAUGAUGGCACCAGCACUUUCACUUGCAAAGCUUAUGGAUAUGACAUUGUUUUUUGUCCCAACAACAGUAGGAUGAAAAAACCAAAUCGUGCAUCUCCUCCUCCACCAGUUAGAAAGCCCCAUCGGAAGCAUCAGCAGUCCUCAUCAAAUAUUCUCUUACCCUUUCCAGUGCCAAUCUUUCUCUUGGUUCCCGUCUUACUUUAUUGGCAUUUGUAA